AAAACAAUUAAAUUUAGUCAAACGCCACAGCUCAUCGUCUUGUUGCUUUCUUCUUCUCCUCCUCCUCGCCCAACUCAAUGCCUAUCCUCUUACCAUUUCCGAAAUCACCACCCAAAUCUACUGAAAUACACCUCCGAUUCCUGAGCUCUUCGGUUCCAAACCCCUAACUCGGAGUUCUCAAGAAGAUUUCUGGGAGCUGGAGCAGGAGCAGUUCUUGAUUAUUUUCCUGCAAUCUUCCUUCUAUGUCGCAGCAAUUAGCAGCCCAAAUCCGCACGGCUUGAGCAGUUCUUGGAGUUUGGGGGGAUGCAAUUAUCCAUUUAGCGUAUCCUUCAGCCGUAUUGCGAAAGAUUGAACCGAAUCAGUUGCUAGAGUCGAGCAGCUUUGGAGUUCUUGCGAAUAAAAUUGAUCCAGAUAUUGGAGCUGUUGGCCCUGCCGCGCCAUGGCGCUGUUCCGGAAGUUCUUCUUUAAGAAGCCGCCCGAUGGGUUGCUCCUCAUCACGGACAACAUUUAUGUUUUUGAUCAUUGCUUCUCCAUGAAAGAGAUGGAAGAUGACCAUUUUGAAGCCCACAUUAGAGGUAUUGCAGCAGAUCUUCUGGAAAAUUUUCGUGAUCACUCAUUCAUGAUCUCAAAUUUUGGGACUAGAAAGGAAGAAAGCCUGAUAUACCACAUUUUAUCUGAGUACGGUAUGACUGUAUUGGACUACCCGGGCCACUACGAAGGGUGUCCACUCCUCACCAUGGAAAUGAUACACUGCAUCUUGAAGUCCAGCGAAAGCUGGCUUUCUUUGGGUCAGCAUAACUUACUGCUGAUGCACUGUGAACAAGGGUGCUGGCCUAUUCUGGCUUUCAUGCUAGCUGCUGUUCUAAUAUAUCUGGGGCCUUAUUCCGAUGAGCAGAAAACACUGGACAUGCUCUACAAACAAUCAUCUUUGGUGCUCUUGGAGAUGUUUUCACCUCUGAAUCCCAUGCCUUCUCAAAUGAGAUACUUGCGCUAUAUUUCAAUGAAGAAUGUCAUGCCAGAAUGGCCUCCAGCUGAUAGAGCCCUGACACUAGAUUGUGUUAUUUUGAGGAUGGUUCCAAAUUUUUGCGGUCAAGGUGGUUUCCGUCCAAUAUUCAGGAUAUAUGGUCCAGAUCCACUCAUGCCCCCUGACCAGACUCCUAAAGUUCUUUUUUCAACUCCAAAGAAAAGCAACCUUGUCCGUUUUUAUUCACAGGCAGAUGAACUGGUGAAAAUAAACCUUCAGUGUCAUGUCCAAGGUGACGUUGUCCUAGAGUGUAUCAAUUUGUAUGAGGAUCUGGAUCGUGAGGAGAUGGUAUUCCGGAUCAUGUUCAACACAGCUUUCAUCAGGUCUAACAUCUUGAUGCUUAACCGUGAUCAAGUAGACAUGUUAUGGAAUUCAAAAGACCAAUUUCCUAAAGAUUUUCGACUGGAGGUCAUCUUUUCCGAUAUGGACGUAAUUACUUCACAUGUCACAACAGAGCCUGUUAUUCAUCAAGAGAAACAAGGACUUGGGAUUGAAGAGUUUGCUAAGGUGCUAGAUAUCUUUAACCAUAUGGACUGGUUGGAUGGAAAGAGGGAUAUUGUACCUCACACAGCCCAGCUAAAGAUCUCAGCCAUUUCUGAUGAAUCUGAGACUUUCUUCGAUACUCAAGAAGAACUUAACUUUGACAAUUUUUCUGCUGAAAUUAAUUCUUCUACUGUCAUGCCGAAGCUCGGAAAUGAAUUGGGUAUGCUUGUCAGCACUGGACCAAAACAAAGUGCCCUACAUUCAAGUUCAGCUGAAGUUCGAUCCAAAUCACAAACUGCAGCACUAGCUCCUCCACAAACACGGCCUACUUCAUCAAUGGAACUUUCUUCAAGUACAGUCAUACCACAACGACCAUCUUCACCAGUUCAGCCUCAGGGACUGAUGUCUGAGUCUGACUCAGCAGUGCAAAAAUUAUCAGAUAUAUCAGAAUCAACAUCAGGUGAGAAGUCUGGUUCACAAACUCCAGUCGAGCAUGUAGCAUACAAAUCAGCAUCAGCAGCAUCCCUGAUACCCUUGUGCACACCUCCUCCUCUUCCUCCUCCUCCACCAACUGUCUCAUUAGCCCCCAUCCCCAUUUCCUCUACUUCACCCAGAAAUACUAGUACAAGUGUCAUCAAUAUUUCCCUUAGAGCAACCAUGCACUCCUCGACUUCUCCAGAACCAUCAGUCUCUCCACAAGGUUUUUCCAGAACUGAAGAACUGGUUCAAUCACAAGAACCUUCUUAUGAAAUACUUGGGAAGUUACGAACUGAUAGUUCUACAGGACCCAAUGCCGUUGCAUUGUCAUCAGCUUCUUCAUUGCCCACAGACAAGGAAUCAAGAAGUAAAAGAACAUCUGUCCCAACGGAUUUGCCCACAUUACCUCUAAUAUCAUCAGGCACUAAGCCGGCGGUAACUUCAGUUACAAGAUCAUAUCCUACUGCAGCGCUGCAGCUGCCGCCACCGCCACCACCUCCUCCUCCUCUAAAAUCAGCCACAGUGAUGUUUCCUUUGUCAUAUGGUGAAGAGGUGACAAGCACUAAAGAAAAAGUUGCACCACCUCAGCCUCCACCUCCACCACCCCCACCUCCACCUCCACCCCCACCAGCACCAUUUUCUAGUUCUACACGUUCAUUUACCGAAUUUGUCAUUUCUACCCAACAAAAGAGAACCCGAUCUCCACCACCCAUGUCCCCGUCAUCAGCCAAAUCAUCAUUUUCUCCUCUACGGCCACCGCCACCACCGCCUCCACCUCCACCUUCUCCACUGCUGAAUAAUCCUAACACCUCAUCAUCUCAACCUCAGUCUGUAGACAAAAAGGCCAGUGCAGCAUCUAUAUAUCCAGCUUCCCCACCUUUGACCUCUAACUUUUCACAAACUGGUCCACGGCUGCAAAUGACGCCCGUUCCACCUCCGCUGCUGCCUCCUUCUCAAACUAGCUAUUUGGUCUCUUCAUUUCCAUCCACAAGUAAAAGAAAUGACAUGGCAGCACCUCGUCCUCCUCCGCCCCCUCCACCAUUGCAUUCCAGGUCAGCUCGUUUCACUUCUGCACCAUCAGCACCACCUCCACCCCCAUUACCUCCCCUGAAGCUAUCUGUGGACAACAAUGCUUCACAAAAGCCAACAGCAAUUCGACCAUCACCACCUCCACCAGGCCCCCCUCCUAGGGGUUCUUCACAUUCUUUGCCUAGUAAGGGAAGUGUUGUCAGUUCUACCCCUCCACCACCUCCGACAUUCUCAUCUGGUGCGAAGAACCGUAGCACAGCUCGCUCUAGAAGUCCUAGAAGUUUACGUGCAAACCAGUCAUCUAAGAGGACACCACUGAAGCCAUUGCACUGGGUGAAAGUGUCAAGAGCAACACAGGGAAGCUUAUGGGCUGAGACGCAAAAGGCUGAUGAAGCAUCUAGGACUCCAGAGAUUGAUAUUUCUGAGCUUGAAAGUCUUUUCUCAGUAUCGAUGCCAAAUAUGGAGGCGAAACGACAACGUCAAAGCCUUUCUGUUGCAACGAAACAAGAAAAAGUUCAUUUGAUUGAUCUUCAGCGCUCAAAGAAUUGUGAAAUUAUGCUGAGAAAUAUUAAGAUGCCACUGCCUGAUCUAAUGGGUUCAGUGGUUGCCCUUGACGAUUCCAUUGUUGAUGGUGAUCAAGUAGAUUAUCUAAUAAAGUUCUGUCCAACUAAGGAAGAAAUGGAACUACUCAAAGGUUAUAACGGAAAAAAAGAGAACCUAGGGAACUGUGAACAGUUCUUCUUGGAAAUGAUGAAAGUACCAAGGGUGGAGUCAAAACUGAGAAUCCUAUCCUUUAAGAUAAAAUUCUGUACACAGGUUGCAGAUCUGAAAAAUAGCUUGGAUAUCAUGAAUUCUGUUGCUGAAGAGGUUAGGAGCUCUGCCAAGCUGAAGCGAGUGAUGCAAACAAUUCUUUCCUUGGGGAAUGCAUUGAACCAAGGAACUGCAAGGGGUGCAGCUGUUGGAUUUAGAUUGGAUAGUCUUCUUAAGCUCAGUGAUAUACGUGCACGUAAUAAUAGGAUGACUCUCAUGCAUUAUUUAUGCAAGGUUCUUUCGGACAAGCUUCCGGAAGUUCUUGAUUUUGACAGGGAUCUCGCACAUUUAGAACCUGCCUCAAAGAUACAACUGAAAGAGUUGGCGGAAGAAAUGCAAGCAAUAACUAAGGGACUGGAAAAGGUUGAGCAGGAAUUGGCAUCAUCUGAAAAAGAUCAUCCAGAAACAGAGAUAUUUUACAGGAAAUUGAAGGAAUUUCUUGCUGAUGCCCAAGCUGAAGGAAGGUCAUUAGCUUUGCUUUACAGCACUGCGGGGAAAAGUGCAGAUUCUCUAGCACAUUAUUUUGGUGAAGAUCCUGUUCGGUGUCCAUUUGAGCAAGUUGUCUCUACUUUGCUGAGCUUCGUGAAAAUGUUCGAACGUGCCCAUGCCGAGAACGUUAAACAGAUGGAGCUGGAAAAGAAAAGAGCCCAAGCGGAAGCAGAAAGAGAAAAGGUGAAACUAACUGCUCACAAGAAGGGGGAAUCGCUGGAGCCCGGAACUCCAGACCGAACACCGCGGGGAGCCUCAGCGUGCGCGGAGCGGUUUCGCGGAGGGCAGCCGUCACCGCAUCCCGAGCGGCUGACGCAUACAAGGGCGCGUCCCGAUCGGACGGCUGGGGACGCAACCGCGGCCAGAUAUAUAGCUCGCCUCCGCGCUGCCUCCAUGACCACCGCCGCAUCCACCUCCGCCGCCGCCGUCCUCGCGUCCCGCCUGCUCCGCCGCUCGCCGCGCCUGCUGCGCCGCCUCAGCCUCUCCUGCGCGCCGCCCGCGGCCCUGUCCGCGCGCCCCUCGUCGUCUCGCUGCCCCGCGCCCGUCGGCCGCCAGCAGCUCGGUCACCGCGCUCGGAUGGGCCACACCGCCGAGGCCGCGGCCGCCGCCCCCGCGCUCGGCCUGACCAAGCCCAACGCCGUCGAGCCGCCCCAGAUUACUUUUGCCGCAAAAGACAUCGAAUUCUCCGAUUGGAAGGGAGACAUACUCGCUGUUGCGGUCACAGAGAAGGAUCUGUCCAAGGACUCCGACUCCAAAUUCGAGAAUGCCAUCUUGAAGAAGCUGGACGGCCAGAUCGGCGGUCUACUGUCGGAGUCUACGGCCGAGGAAGAUUUCACUGGGAAACCCGGGCAAUCGGUGGUACUCCGCCUCCCGGGGCAGGGUUUCAAGAGGGUGGGUCUGAUUGGUCUUGGCCAGAACGCCCCCUCCACCACCGCGGCUUGCCGGGGCCUUGGCGAAUCCGUCGCAUCGGUUGCCAAGGCUGCUCAAGCUAGCAGCGCUGCUAUAGUUCUUGCCUCCCCAAGUGGGAUCCAGGAAGAGUUCAAGCUCAAUGCUGCGGCGGCAAUUGCUUCCGGAACUGUGCUCGGAUCGUAUGAGGACAGCAGAUACAAGUCUGAAUCGAAGAAGGUGCAUCUGAAACAAGUAGAUCUUAUUGGAUUGGGUUCUGGUCCAGAGUUGGAUCAGAAACUUAAAUAUGCUAACAAUCUUUCGUCAGGCGUGAUAUUCGGGAGAGAGCUUGUGAACUCUCCUGCCAAUGUUCUAACCCCUGCUGUGCUCGCGGAGGAGGCAUCAAAGAUCGCUUCUACAUACAAUGAUGUAUUCACUGCCACAAUAUUAGAUGUGGAGAAAUGCAAAGAGUUAAAGAUGGGCUCCUACUUGGGAGUUGCUGCAGCAUCUGCUAACUCUCCUCACUUUAUCCACUUGUGUUACAAACCCACUGGUGGGAAUGUCAAGAGAAAGCUGGCUAUCGUUGGGAAGGGUCUAACUUUUGACAGUGGUGGCUACAACAUUAAGACUGGGCCAGGCUGCAGCAUCGAAUUGAUGAAAUUUGACAUGGGAGGCUCUGCCGCUGUAUUUGGUGCAGCUAAAGCUUUGGGCCAAAUCAAGCCUCCUGGAGUAGAGGUUCAUUUUAUAGUUGCUGCUUGUGAAAAUAUGAUUAGUGGCACAGGCAUGAGACCUGGUGACAUUGUGACUGCUUCCAAUGGGAAGACGAUUGAGGUAAAUAACACUGAUGCGGAGGGAAGGCUUACCCUUGCUGACGCUUUGGUCUAUGCUUGUAACCAAGGUGUUGACAAGAUUAUUGAUCUGGCAACACUAACUGGUGCCUGCGUUGUUGCACUUGGGCCUAGCAUUGCCGGAAUUUUCACACCAAGUGAUGAGCUAGCCAAGGAAGUUGCCACGGCUUCUGAGGUAUCAGGAGAGAAGUUUUGGAGACUGCCACUGGAAGAAAGCUACUGGGAGUCGAUGAAGUCCGGUGUUGCUGAUAUGGUCAACACUGGCGGUAGGCAGGGCGGUUCUAUUACCGCUGCACUGUUCCUGAAACAGUUUGUCGACGAGAAAGUCCAGUGGAUGCACAUCGACAUGGCCGGGCCAGUGUGGAACGACAAGAAGCGGGCGGCCACCGGGUUCGGAGUCUCCACCCUGGUGGAGUGGGUCCUCAAGAACUCAUCAUCCUGAAACAAUAUGCCUUCCAAAUACCGGAUCAGUGAAGGAGGUUUAUGAUGUUCGGUGUUCCUUUUGUACCAUUUUACGAGCAAAGCGGACGCUUUUGGCACCCCAAGUGGGGUGCGAUAGAAUAAGCAGAAGGGUCGAGCCGUCGUGCUGCUGCCGUGUAACAUUCUGUGUGUCGAGUGAAAUAACAUUGUUCCUUUCGCUUGUGCCAUGACGCACACCACAAAAACGCAUCAAACCAAGUGCCUUUUUUUAUUGGCCUUCUCGUUCAUGUUGGAGCUUUAACACUGGUUACAAGCUAUAGUAUUUGAAUAUACGUUACAUUCUAUA